AUGGAGACUGUCAACAAAUACGUCAACGCUGCUUCCACUGUCAUUUGGGGCGAGAGCGACUCCCCUCGUGCCCAACAGCACGGCGAAGAGCCCAUUUCCGGCGUGCAAGGCCAAGGACUUGCCACAGAUCCCUAUGAUGGCGGCAACCGCGAUGAGCAACCCGGCGCAAUCCAGUCAGACGUCAGCACCGCACCCCUGAAGCAAUCAAAGCCCCAAGAAACCGAAGUUACUAGCAUCACUACCCCCCGUCCCCCAACCUCCAUCAGCGCCUGCACAAGCAUCACCCCUGCUCUGCCCAUCUCCGGCGACCCUACAGAAGCCAGCGAAAGCAAAGAAAACAAGCCUAUCUCCAGCGGCUCUACCGAAGCCAGCGAAAGCAAAGAAAACAAGCCCGUCUCCAGCGGCUCUACAGAAGCUAGCGGAAGCAAUGAUGACAACAGCUCCAAACAAGAACAGCGCAGCACCUCACAGGCUGAAGGUGGAGGUGGCGAGAGCAGCGAAGCUCCCCGCCAAGAGCAUCAUCACGACGUGAGCAAAGAGGCGCUCAAGGGCCCGCAAGGUCCUGCGCCGAGGGCUGCUGAGGACUUUGAGAAGGAUUAUAGGGGAAAAAAUACUUCAGCUAAGUCUGAGGAUAUUGAGAAGAAUUCUGCAAGUGAAUCUAGCGGGAAGAGCACCGAGUCGCCUUCGGGCAGCAACAAGUCUGAGCCUUCUUCCCAUGGUAGCGAGAAGAGUGGGAAGCUCUCGAAGGUGAAGGAGACCGUCAAGAAGCAUCUUCAUCAUUCGAGCAAAUAA